AUGUGGAACGACACAGAAGUCAGGCGCCUAAUCGAUGAAGUACGUAUUCGACCGGUUUUAUGGGAUGUACAACGUAGACACUCGUCUAAAAUAACUGAAAAACAAUGGAAGGAAGCAGCAGAGGCUGUGGGGGUUGAUGUCCGCCAAUGUCGACGCAAAUGGGGAAACUUACGAGAUACCUAUCGUGCUUUGUUGAGACGCUAUGAAAAUCGCAUAAAACGAGAUAAGGUCUUGGGUGUUUAUAACCCCAAAAUUCAAUAUGAAAUUAAAUGGACUUACUAUAAAGAACUAAGCUUUAUCAGGAACAAUAAACGUACACGCUGUGGUCGUCAGAAAAUACAUCGAGCCCAGCACACCAAUUCACAAGACAGUUUCAAUGAAUCGCAAUCAAAUGGUGAACUACAAGCAACUGAAGAACGUGAUGAUUAUGAAAUUUUCUCGGCAGGUGAUUAUCGUGAAAUGGAAGGUGGUCAUUAUGAGGAGUAUGAGGAAUUUGACGACGAUGAUGAUGAUGGUAAUGACCAAAUAUCAACGGAACAAUUUAAAAAUUUAUUCAUACCUGAAGACGAAUUUAGACGGAGUAUAUCAGCGACACCAAAAUCAGUUUCUAGCAAUACUGCAAAACGAACAGCUGAAAGCAUUAGAAUCAAUACGGCUAUGAACAACGAAACCUCCACUCAGACGGGCACUACCAGUAAUGCCAACAAAAAGGAUUGCAAUUGUUCGUCACAAAAUGAAAAUCUGCUCAAAGAUAUUCACAAUGUUCUAAAACUGAUACAACAACAAAUGUCAACGACUACAAAUCAAAGCCAGGAUCCUGAUUAUAAUUUUCUUGUCAGUUUCUUGCCACAAGUGAAACAAAUGAACGAUUUCCAAAAGAUACAAUUUCGUGCACGCAUGAGUGAUUUGGUAUUGAAUAUUUUAAUGUCCACAAUGCCAACCGAAAUGCCAUUUCCAGAAACACCAAGAAACGAGGCUGGCGAACUUCGGGACAAUUACCAGCCGAGUUCAUUUGAAAAUGCCAACAGUGAUGAUGAGGAUAACAAAGACGAUGUGUUUGCAGCUACCUCUACUAGUUCCAGGUCAUUCUCAUAA